CCCCCCGCCCCAUCUCAUCUGGAAUUAACUUUCCGAUUAGCUAUCUGCAAAAUUGAAUUGGAUUGGCUUUUAUUCAACGAGUUUUCUAGCUGUUCUGGGGGUUGACUUGGCUCACUGGUCGAAAUUCACGAGCUAUUUCGGUCUGUUUCGUUCUGAGAUAUUUAUUGAAGCAAGCCCUGGAGUAAUGGAAUGAUUGAAACUUUUGGUUAGUUGUGAGAGCUGUGGUGCAGUUGACCAGUAAUGGGUAGUAAUGAGAUGGAUAAAUCUUCCAAGGAGGCGGCAAAGGAGUCUAAAGAACCAAAGACUCCUACCUCACAGGAGCAGUCUUCAGCUGCAACUACUGGUGCCGCAGAGUGGCCUGGGUUUCAGGUUGACAUUUUUCUAGUAGCAAAUUUUAGUAAAUUUAUUCUCUUUCAUAUUUUGUUGUUACUGAAGGGCGUGGCAUUUGGUAAUCUGCAGGCAUACUCUCAUAUGCCUCCAGCUGGAUUUUUGGCAUCAAGUCCUCAACCACACCCCUACAUGUGGGGGGUCCAGCAAUUUAUGCCACCAUAUGGGACUCCACCUCAUCCGUAUGUUGCGAUGUAUCCUCCUGGUGGCAUAUAUGCACAUUCCAUGCCCCCGGGGUCUUAUCCGUUCAGUCCGUUUGCAGUGCCUUCUCCAAAUGGGAUUGCUGAAGCUUCUGUUACAUCUGCUGGAAAUGCGGAAUUCGAUGGUAAGCCAUCUGAAGGAAAGGAAAAACUUCCUAUUAAAAGAUCAAAGGGAAGUCUAGGAAGUUUGAACAUGAUUACUGGGAGGAAUAAUGAACCUGGUAAAACCUCUGGAGCAUCAGCUAAUGGUGGUUGUUCAAAAAGUGGCGACAGUGCAAGUGAAGGUACAAGUGAAGGAAGCGAUGCCAAUUCUCAAAAUGAUUCUCAAGGGAAGUCAGGUCACAGGCAAGACUCAGCCGAGACAUCCCAGAACGGUAGUGCCACACAUGGUUCACAAAAUGGUGGAUCCAAUGCAUCUCAUCCUAUGUCCAUGGCUAUUGUACCGUUGUCAGCACCUGGAGCUCCAGCAGUUGUUGCUGGUCCCACCACUAAUUUAAAUAUUGGAAUGGACUAUUGGAACGCUGCCGCUUCUCCCGCUGUCCCUGCGAUGCGUGGGAAGGUUCCCGCUGCACCUGUUGCUGGAGGAGUCCCUGCUGGAAGGGAUGGUGUUCAGUCGCAACUUUGGCCUAUUCAGGAUGAAAGGGAGCUGAAGAGACAGAGAAGAAAGCAGUCAAACAGAGAAUCGGCCCGUAGAUCUAGGCUUCGCAAGCAGGCAGAAUGCGAUGAACUCGCCCAGCGUGCCGAAGCUUUGAAAGAAGAAAAUGCCUCCCUUAGAGCUGAAGUGGCUCGUCUCAGGAGUGAUUAUGAUCAACUCUAUUCUCAGCAUGCCGCCCUUAAGGUAUUUGGAUGGUACUUCAGAAAUAAUGGGUUUUCUCAGGUGUUUCCUUUCUUGCUUUUGUUCUUUUCCUCUCUCCUGGAAGGUGUUUUUGUUUCCUUGUUUUUUUGAAAGGGGAAGGUGACUUAAUCUUUUGCCCCAAUGACGGUAGGUGUUUUUUUUAAUUUUAUUUUUUUACUUGUAAUUGCUGAGUGGGAAUGUGGGAUGCAGGAUUGCAACAAUCUCCCUUUUUCUUGUUUUCUGACUCCUUAUUAGCUUCUUCUUUUUCUAAUAACUUGUAAUCAUGAGUAGUAUUUGUGCCUUUGGAUUCAAGAACAGUCUAGUAGCUGAGUUGUUAGCUUGCAGUGCCUACUUUUUUAGAGAGCAAUUUGCCUUAAAGCCUUGUAAAUAUGCAGGAGAGGCUAGGUGAAGUCUCUGGGCAAGAUGACCCGAGGUCUGGUAGGAAUGACCAGCAUAUAAACAAUGAUGCUUAACAUUCUGGUGAAGGGAAACUUAACAGGAGAGGUCAUCGGAUUCAAAGUCUCUUCAUGGAUUUUGGCUUCUUGGGGGCAUAACCUAACAGCUUAGUGACACAGGAUCUUUUCAUUUUUACAUAGUCUGUAGUUAAAGAGAAUUCAUUGGAGCUGACCUUGGUAGUAGUCUCAGGAUAUAUAUGUCUAAUGUUGUCCAUCGCUUCUCUAGUCGACCGAUGUUUUAUGGCCGAGGAAUAUUUGAUGGCUUGUAGAGAGGGUGAUCCUUAUGCACCCUUGUUCUAUGACAAGAGGUAGUAGCAGUAGCCCUUAUCAAAAUUAAAUCUCAGUGUAAUGAUUAUGAUUGAUGUAUGCUAAAUAAGGAUAUGUUUAGAGUAUAGAUUGGGUUUGUUGUCGCUGAAACUAUUCAGCUCUUGUGCCAUCUUUGUGCUUUUUCCACCUUUCGAGUUUCUCCUUCUGAUUGCCAUUCCCUGAACUGCUGCUCCCAUGAUCUUGGGCGUGAUAUUUCCUCGUCGGUAAUACUUUUAGUUAAGAAGCUUGUUGCUGCAUGUUUUUGAGCUAUAGGCAAACAUCAAAGCAUCUCCUUCAAGGCUUGUGGUCUCUCCUCGAUCUCCUGACAAAUCCCUGAAACUUUUUGAAGGAAUGUUGUUCAACUUCAUGCCAAUCUUCAACUAAUAAUGCUUCAUGAUUCUCAAGAGAAAUUGUCUGUUACGUAAUCUGCUUCUGUUCAAGGCAUGAAAAUAUGAAGUUUUCUUAUCAGAUAUCACCUUGUUGAAUCCGUUUUCUCCUUAUAACUUUGUUGCCAGUAUAUGUAAAUUGCAUCACUCUUCGCAAUGAAGUUCUGAACCGC